AUGCCUUCAUACAACUACAGCUGGCUCAAAUAUACUGGGUUUGAUACAAUCCAUGGCUUAGUCCUGGAGGCCUCUCGUGUUGACCGAGUGCUCAACAAUGCCCGCCUUGCCAGGGCAAGAGAUGGACAUGAGAGGAGGCUUAGGAGGAUUCGAAAGGCUCUGGGUUUGAGGCAACGGGGAGGAGACGAUCCCAACCCUGCUGAGUCCUGCAAUGACGACGGCAAUCAGCAAUCCAACCAAGAUACUUCUGAAGAAAUAGAGGAAGGAGAGGAAUAA